GCUCUUUCUCACUCAACCCCCCCCCCACACCUUCCCUCCUCUGUCACUUUUUACUCCUUCUCUCAUACGGCGUCAACAACGCCUUCCCUUCGCCUCCUGUUCCCCACCCUUCCUCUUCGCCAUGCCGCACACACGCGCGCAGCUACAGCAGCCGACGACGCCGCCGCCCGACCACCGCGCGCCAAAGAACAUUGUCAUUGUCGGCGGCGGCAUCGUCGGCGUCUGCACGGCCUACUUCCUCGCAAUCAGCCCCCACCGCCCACCGGGGAGCACAAUCACCAUCGUCGAGGGCACGGGGAUCGCGUCCGCUGCUAGCGGGUACAGCGGGGGCUUCCUCGCCCGCGACUGGCACAGUCCGGCGACUGCAAGCCUAUCUGCCAUGUCCUUUGACCUCCACCGCAAGCUCGCCGAACAGUUCGGAGGUCCCAAGAACUGGGGCUAUCGUACGGUCGAUACCUUGUCGGUAAAGAUUGACCACGAGGCCGGGCCAUCGACCAAGCGCACGCCCGUGCCAUGGCUCCCGCGGGGGAGCGUCCAGUCGACCUCGACACUAGGCACACACGCGACAACAGCCCAGGUCCACCCACGGCUGUUGACAAACUUUUUGACGGAUCGCUUCCUCCGGGAACCCGGGUGCACGCUCGUGCUUGGGACGGCGCGCGCGCUCGGGCUGGAAAACCACGCGCCAUCAACCCUCAUGGUCACGCUCAAGGAGGGCGGCGAGAAGAUCCUGGAUACCGAUACCAUUGUCCUCACCAACGGCCCAUGGCUAGGCAAGCUCGCAACCGAGAUCCUGCCUUCCAGUGCCGCUAGGCGGCUGGCCGUCGACGGACAGAUGGCGCACUCGCUCGUCAUUCGAACCAGAGAACCCACGACGCCCCACGUGCUCUUCGUCGACCUCUGCCUCGAGGACGGGGCAGUGUCUGAGCCAGAGGUCUACCCAAGGCCAGAUGGCACAACAUUGGUAUGCGGCGCGAGCUGCGACGACCCGCUGCCGCCGACGGCGGCCGACGUGCACCCCAACCCCAAAUCACUCGAGCGCCUCCGGCAACAGGCCGCGGGCAUUGCGCCAAUCUUGACGGCACGAGGGGGUGCCUUCACCGAGGCCGAGACGGGCUGCUUCCUCCCCAUCCCAGAUCGUGGGCGCCCAAUCAUCGGCAAGGUCCUCGACGGCGUGUUUGUCGGCGGCGGCCUGAGCUGCUGGGGCAUCACGCAGGGGCCUGGUACCGGGCUGGUUCUCUCGGAGCUUAUCCUCGAGGGACGCGCGCGGACCGCCGACAUCUCAAAACUUGCACCAUAGCCCGACAAGGCGACGCAGCAGCAGCAGCCGCUGCAACCAUAAAAGGAUACCAGCAUGCAUCCACCAUUGUAACUGU